AUGGUACGACUCACGCCAGAUCUCGGGCAGAUUGCUGACCCGGCCGCUAUCAUAAUGGUCUAUAGCUCAGCGAAAUCCCUCCCUAAGCAUGAAUGGUAUGACACGUUUGCUGGUGGCAUCGCGCAUCGAGGCAACUUUGAGAUCACCGAAGAGCAAGUGCAUGCUGCCGCCGGAGAAUUGUAG